CCGGUCUCGCCCCCUCUGCUUCCGGUGGGAGCCAGUCGCUGGGUUUAGAAGGCUGGUUUGCGUCGCCAUGGCAGCUACCUUGACCUUCUCGCUGGUGGGCCGUGUCCGGGGGGUCGUCGCGCGAUGUGGGUUCGCGACCCGGGGGGUGGCAGGCCCAGGUCCUACUGGCCGCGAGCCGGACCCGGAUUCCGAUUGGGAGCCGGAGGAGCGGGAGCUGCAGGAGUUGGAAAGCACGCUGAAACGGCAGAAGAAAGCAAUCCGAUUCCAGAAAAUCCGGAGGCAAAUGGAGACGCCAGGUCCCCCUCCCAGAACCCUGACGCGGGAAGCCAUGGACCAGAUCCGGUAUCUACACAAGGAAUUUGCAGAUUCCUGGUCAGUUCCCCAGUUGGCCGAAGGCUUUAAUGUCAGCACUGAUGUUAUUCGCAGGGUUUUAAAAAGUAAAUUUGUACCCACUUUGAAGCAGAAACUGAAGCAGGAUCAAAAAGUCCUUAAGAAGGCUGGGCUUACCCACUCGGUGCAGGAGCUGCAGGGCCCUGGAGAUGGCAGGAAGCCCCUCGCUGCCGGCCACGCGGCAUUGGGCUCUUCGCUGCUGCCCAGGCCAGGAGCCUCACCCAGAGGUCAGAGCCACAGCACAGCUUUGGCGGUACUAGAGCCCAGCACUCAGAGUACAGCUGCCCCAUGGGGACAGAACGGAAGGAAUAAAGGAACCCGGGGUCUGGGGAAGGGGAGCUUUGUGCCCGUUACAGCCUUUGAUCAGCAGAGAGAGCCAAAGUCCUCCACCAGUGACUGUUUGCACUCCGGAAGCACCGACAGCCAUGGCUUUCCAAGUGACGAGAAGCUGGAAGAGUGGAAGGUGGAUGAACCAAGUGACCAGAACUUCAGCAGCAAAGUAGUGCAGAGGGGGCGGGAGUUCUUUGACAGCAAUGGGAACUUCCUGUAUAGAAUUUGAACCAGGGCAUGGCUUAUGGAAACACCAUGUGAAACACAGCUGGGCCAAUAGGGAGCCUUUGGCAUUUCUGUCCUUUUGUUUUGAGACAGUGUCUCACUGUGUAGCCCAGGCUGGCCUUGAACUCAGGGCAGUCCUCCUGCUUCAGCCUCCUGAAUGCUGGGAUCACAGGUGUGUGCCACUAUGUCCAGCUAGGAUUUCUGCGUGUUUUGGUUACCCUGACAUAGAAGGGUGUGAUGAGCCCGGGAUGUGCGCUGCUCGGGUACAGUGAAGCUUGUCGGAGCACUCCCCAGGCCCGGCCCUUGUGGCCCUUCUGUCCUCGUGCCCCUUGUGCUCGGGCUCUGUGGAGAACACCAGGGUUGUUUGUGCUGAGUUAGGUUUCUGUGACACUUGUAAUUAUAUGUUUGGGAGGAAACAAGGAGCUUGCCUUCUAAUUUGAUUUCCUUCUCUUUUUUUGUUUUUUGUUUUUUGUUUUUUCUCCGGUACCGGGAACCGAGCUCACGACCUUGCGCUUGCCAGGCAGGCACUUUUGCCGCUGAGCUAAAUCCCCAGCCCUGAUUUCCUUCUCUAUCCCUGAACACUAAGCGUCUGGAACUGCUUAAUCAAUUGGUGGUUUUCCUUAUGUGCAAAAAUAAAAUGUAGCCGUGUGUGUUA